GACCAAGACAAAUGAAUUCCUGCAUAUAUAUAUAUAUAUACACACACGUAUGCAGGGCUAAUCAUUUUAUACAUCCUCCUUAAGAAAGUAAACCACCAAGGCCAUGGCUUCCCAAAUCUUGCUCUUAUCCAUACCUUUGUUGUUUUUUUCCUUACUUGCUUAUGCUUCCUUCUUUACUUCUUUUGCUUACUCGGCUGUCAGAGCUGAAGUAGCAAAUGGAAGGAAGGAAGCGGAAGCUCUUCUAGAAUGGAAAGUCAGUCUUGACAACCGAAGCCAGACUCUCCUGUCUUCAUGGGCUGGAGACAGCCCUUGCAACUGGGUCGGAAUCAGUUGCGACAAGUCUGGUAGUGUUGCCAACAUAAGCCUGCCUAAUUCUAGUUUGAGAGGUACCCUAAAUAGUCUCAGAUUCCCUUCCUUUCCUAACUUGAUUAAUCUUAUCCUUCACAACAACUCGCUCUAUGGGUCCAUUCCUUCACAUAUAGGUAACCUUAUCAGACUUGACUUGUCUUUAAAUACCAUUUCUGGCAACAUACCACCAGAGGUUGGAAAAUUGGUAUCUCUUUAUUUGCUUGAUUUGUCAAAUAACAACCUUAGUGGUGGUCUUCCUACGUCCAUAGGAAACUUAAGCAACUUGUCUUUUCUUUACCUUUACGGCAACGAACUCUCUGGUUUCAUACCUAGGGAAGUAGGAAUGCUUGAACAUCUAUCUGCCCUACAGUUGCUCCAUAACAAUUUUGAAGGUCCAAUCCCUGCUUCCAUAGGGAACAUGAAAUCUCUCACAAGUUUACUUUUGUCAUUUAAUUAUCUAACUGGUACAAUACCAGCAUCUUUAGAAAACUUAGGAAACCUGACUACUUUAGAUUUGUCAUCUAAUCAUCUAACCGGUACAAUACCAUCAUCUCUAGGAAACUUAGAAAACCUAACUGGUUUAUAUUUAUCAUCUAAUAAUCUAACCGGUACAAUACCAUCUCUUCAAAGUCUUGAUCUCAGUUGGAAUUCCCUGAUGGGAGAUAUAACGCCGGAGCUUGGACAGCUGCAGCGGCUAGAGGUAUUAAACCUCUCCCAUAAUAUGCUGUCUGGUCUCAUUCCAGCCGGUUUUAGUAGACUGCAAGGCCUCACUAAAGUGGAUGUAUCCUUUAACAAGUUAGAGGGUCCCAUUCCUGACAUCAAAGCCUUUCGCGAUGCGCCAUUUGAAGCAAUUCGCAACAACACCAACCUGUGUGGCAAUGCUACCGGUUUGGAGGCUUGUUCUGUUCUCAUGAAAAACAAAACUGUGCACAAGAAGGGCCCCAAAGUUAUCAUUUUGACGGUCUUUUCUCUACUGGGUAGUUUGUUGGGCCUGAUUGUAGGUUUCCUUAUCUUUUUCCAAAGCAGAAGAAAGAAAAGGCUAGUGGAAACACCACGAAGAGAUGUUCCCGUGGGAUGGUGCACUCGUGGGGAUCUGCGCUCCGAGGACAUCAUUGAGGCUACUGAGGAAUUCGACUCCAAAUAUUGCAUUGGUACUGGAGGGUAUGGAGUUGUUUACAAAGCUGUUCUUCCAUCAGAACAAGUCCUUGCCGUGAAGAAAUUCCACCAAACACCAGAAGUUGAGAUGAGCAGCUUGAAAGCUUUUAGAAGCGAGAUUGAUGUCUUAAUGGGUAUACGGCAUCGAAACAUUGUGAAGCUGUAUGGUUUCUGCUCGCAUGCCAAACAUUCAUUUUUGGUAUAUGAAUUUGUGGAAAGGGGAAGUUUAAGAAAGGUACUGAACGACGAGGAACAAGCAGCAAAGAUGGAUUGGGAUAAAAGGAUGAAUCUUAUCGAAGGCGUAGCCAAUGCUUUAUCCUACAUGCACCAUGACUGCUCCCCUCCGAUUAUUCAUAGAGACAUUUCCAGCAACAAUGUUCUUUUGGAUUCAGAAUAUGAGGCUCAUGUCUCUGACUUCGGCACAGCGAGGCUCUUAAUGCCUGACUCAUCCAAUUGGACUUCAUUUGCUGGCACCUUUGGGUACACAGCUCCAGAGUUGGCAUACACAAUGAAAGUGGAUGAAAAAUGUGAUGUGUAUAGCUUUGGAGUAUUAAUAUUGGAAGUAAUGAUGGGAAAGCAUCCUGGCGAUUUCAUCUCAUCUCUGAUUUUAUCUGCUUCCACCUCCUCAUCGUCACCAAUCGGUCACAAUACACUCUUGAAGGAUGUCUUAGACCAGCGCCUCCCACCUCCUGAAAACGAGCUUGCGGACGGUGUGGCACUUGUUGCAAAAUUAGCGUUUGCUUGCUUGCAGACCGAUCCCCACUAUCGGCCAACAAUGCAACAAGUUUCUACAGAGCUUACAACUCGUUGGCCUCCAUUGCCAAAGCUAUUCUCCACGAUAGAAUUGGAAGAUAUACUGGUUCAUAGAAAGGUUAUUGGCUGAAUUUUUACAGUAUACUUGGGCGUCUUGUG